AUGACCCUGCCCAAGGAGAAGCUUCAGGGUCUUGUCGAGAUAUCGCCCAAAUCUAUGACUGAGCCUGGGAAAGUCAACUUCUCUGUACCCUCUGCCGUAUGUAGUGCCAGUUGUCCUGCUGGAUUCAGGAAGUCGCCAUUGGAGGGGAAGCCUCCUUGUUGCUUUAGUUGCUCCCCAUGCUCAGAAGGAGAAAUCUCCAAUUAUGUAGAUGCAGAGCAGUGUAAGAAGUGCCCAGAGGAUGAAUAUCCCAAUGAGCAGAGAGAUCGCUGCCUCCCCAAGACUGUGACCUUCCUGGCUGUGAAUGAACCCUGGGGGAAGGCAGUGACAGCUGUAGCUGUUUCACUCUCAUUACUCACGGUCCUGGUUCUGUGGGUCUUUGUGAAGUUCCAAGACACUCCCAUAGUCCAAUCCAAUAACAGAAACCUCAGCUACCUGCUCCUCACCUCCCUUUCCUCCUGCUUCCUCUGCUCCUUGCUCUUCGUGGGCCGUCCCACUACUGCUUCCUGCCUUUUCCGACAAACGGUAUUUGCAGUUGUGUUCACCGUGGCUGUUUCCUCCAUUUUGGCUAAAACCAUCAUAGUGGUCCUGGCUUUCAGGGUGACAGGGCCAGGGAGCAGGAUGCGGAUGUUCCUUCAUCCCAGAGUGCCCUACUGUGUGGUUCUCAUCUGCUCUGGAAUCCAAGGGCUUUCCUGUGCCAUCUGGUUGGGGACCCAUCCCCCCUUUCCAGAGGCAGACACAAGCUCUGAAUCCAGGCACAUCAUCCUCACAUGUAAUGAGGGCUCCGCCUUUGCAUUUUAUUGUGUCCUGGGCUACAUGGGCUUUCUGGCCCUGGGCAGCUUCACCAUAGCCUUCCUGGCCAGGAACCUGCCCGAUGCCUUCAACGAAACCAAGUACAUCACAUUCAGCAUGCUGGUGUUUUGCAGCGUCUGGGUCUCUUUCCUCCCCACAUAUCAGAGCUCCAAAGGGAAAGCUGUGAUGAUCGUGGAGAUCUUCUCCAUCUUGGCCUCCAGUGCCGGGUUACUGGGCUGCAUUUUUAUUCCCAAAUGUUUUGCAAUUCUCCUGAUAUUGUGGGAAAAUAGCACAAAACAGAACAAGAAUCAAAGGAAUUCCAGGAGCAAGAAUUCUUCUUCUUUUUUUUCUAAUGUGAUAUCUUUAUUUUCCCCUUUCCAUGUAAAACAAUAUUAGUAACUUUUUAAAAAGGUUUGCCUUCCACAUUCUCUCCCUUCUUCCCCAACCCCAGAACCACUGAGAUACCACAUGUGCAGUUACACAAAAUAUUUAUAUAAAUGCCUUGUUGAGAAAUAUACAUGCAACAUUCCCUGGGUUAAUAAAAAGAACUCCUAAAAAUAAAAUUUUUACAUACUGUGUAACAUCCAACAGUUUCAUCAUAAAGACCUUCAGAGCAGUUUUGGACCAUUUUGUUGUUGAAAAAGCAAAGUUAUUCACAGGUGACCAAUCCGCUCUAUUGCUUGACUUGGUACACAUUACAUUUCAGUUUUCAUAUGUUCAUGUAUCUUUCCAGAUUUUUCUGUUCAUCAUAGUUAUGAAUCAUCAAAGUAUUCCAUCAUAAUUACAUAGCACAAUUUCUUCAGCCAUUCUGCAUUUCAUGAGAAUUCCCUCAAUUUCCAAUUCUUUCCCCAAGA